CAAAAAACGAACUAGAAACGACCGCGAAGCCACAGGUCGAAGGCGGCGGCGGCGAUGGGGAGCGACACGGAGACGGAGAAGAAGGCCUCGGUGGCGCUGAUGUCCAUCGCGAAACCCCUCGCUGGAAAGAAGCUCUGCAAGCGGACCCUCAAGCUCGUGCGACGAGCCUCCGAGGCGAAGUGCCUCAAGCGCGGAGUCAAAGAGGUAGUCAAGAGCAUUCGCCGCGGGAACAAAGGAUUGUGUGUGAUCGCUGGAAAUAUUUCUCCUAUUGAUGUGAUUACACAUGUUCCGAUACUAUGUGAGGAAGCUAAUGUUCCUUACGUAUAUGUUCCAUCAAAAGAGGAUCUUGCGACCGCAGGAACCACUAAGAGGCCGACUUGUUGCGUCUUGGUUCUGACCAAACCAAACAAGGGGGAGCUCAGUGGAGAGGUGAAGGAUAAACUGAAGUCGGACUAUGACCAAGUUGUAACGGAAGUCGCUGAGGCUACAUCUGCAAUGUUCUGAGGACCACAUUAUCUGAGAAUCCGGCAAUUCCCUGUGCACGUCUUUCUUGGUGUAGUAUCCUGCCCAGCUUCUGUGAACCGAACCAAUAUGUUUUGCACGGUGGCUGGAGCGAGAUAUGACUAUGAGUUUACCUAUAUGCUAUGGACCAUCCUUGUUGGCGGCAUAUGAUUCUACCAGUGAUUAGAUCUAGCCAAUUACAAUCAGUUCUGUGAGCAGACUGUUUCCUUGUGUUGUCAGAUCUCGGUAGCUAGUGUGUGCGUUCCAGGUCUUUUUGAUCUUAUCACAAGAUGUGCUCGUGAUACUUGUGUUGAAGGAACUGUGGUAUCUUAGCGCCUUAUAUCAAGAUUAGUUUUUGGCUUCUGCUCGUAUUGGGUAAAACUUGGAAUGUAGAGCAUCCCGUCAAUGCCCUAAACAAUGAUAAGCAAAAGAUCCAGCGGCAAAAUGGCCUUAGUUU